CCACCUAAUGUGGACGUUGCGAACUGUCAACAUUGAUUCUCGGAGGAGAACCAAGAACAGAAAUCCGCUCGCUUUUGGAACGUACGAGCAGACAACAUCUCAACAUGAAGGUUGUUGGAUCUACAUGCGCCCUGAAGAGCAAGGUCGGCGGCGAGGACGUGGUUCGGUGCUUGUCCGAGCAGAGCCUGACCAUCUCCAAAUGCAAGAUCCCGCUGCUGGAUGAGCAGAUGAGCGCCUUCCUGCAGGACAUGAACAGCUGCUACAGCAAACUCAAGGAGCUCGUUCCCACCUUGCCCACCAACAAGAAGGCGAGCAAAGUGGAGAUCCUGCAGCACGUCAUCGACUACAUCUGGGACCUGCAGGUCGAGCUGGACGAGCCGGAGAAGAGCCGUCAUCAGGCGGUCGGCAGCGUGCAGCGCACGCCGCUCACGACCCUCAACGCGGAGCUCGCCAGCAUCGCGGUGGAGAACGGCUGCUCUGAUGACAGGAUCAUGUGCCGCUAAGAGCUCGUGGAGCAUGACCAGGAACCCCCACAAGGCUUCCAACAAGAUGGCACCACAUCCAGGAGAAACCUUGAACUGUGUUGGGACGUUUUACACCCCCCUUCCCCAUUCCUGACAUGGAGAUGUCUCAUCAUGCUCUCCAUUCAUCCGAGGGCCCUGACUGAGGGAGGUGUCCACAUCUAGACCGGGUUGGCCCCAGGUGUGGGGGGGCCAAAGCCUGCAAGAUUGCGUUCCAUUCUGGUGUUGAAGACAUCAUUCCACAUUUCUGUAAAGAAAAACAUUUCUCAGAUUCCUGAGCGACAAAGCGUAUUGUAUAUUACAAUGCCACCUUACCUUACGUGAACAUAUUGUUUCCUGUUUUUUAUUAAAACAUUAUUUUUCAACUA